AUGGCGCCAACAAUUAAGCAUUUCCCGGCCACAGCCGACCCUCAUGAUGUCCUUCAAUACAUCACUGCCGAUGGUGCGGUCGUGAUUGAAGGAGCCGCCACCCGCGAGAGCAUCGACACAAUCCUAGAGGAAACAGGCACCUUGAACGGCGGAAGGACCUUUGGUCUUGCAGCGAAAAGUCAAACUUUCGCCACAGAGCUUCUCAUGAACCCUCUCUACAUCGACCUCGUCAAACGAAUCCUGACAUCCACGAGUAUCAUCUACUACGAGCAGGAGAGAACAGUUUCCACCUCAAACCCACAGGUGUCCCAUACGUGUGCUAUCACCGCCGAGCCCGGCUCGGCCCCUUGGGGUCUGCGACGGCAGGAUGAGUGCCACCACAUCAGCCACCCAGCAAAGCGUGAGGCUGAUUUCGGCAUCCUCUACGCUGCAACCGAUGUGACCAAGGAGAACGGAGCGAUUCGAGUCGUCAUCGGCUCCAACAACUGGAAGGAUGAGCGUGACCCCUCCGAAAAGGAUGAAUACCUGGUCGAGCUUCGCAAGGGCGACGCAUUGCUUUGCCUCACCAGCCUGGGAUCAGUAUAUUACGGACAAUUGAGUAACACCACCAAUGAGCCCAGCAUCCUCUUCAGUGCAUUCUCAACCCCGGGAUACCGCCGUCAGGAAGAGAACCAGUAUUUGGCAGUUCCCUGGGAGAUUGCUGAGAACUACCCUACACCAGUACAAAAGUUCCUUGGUUAUUCAGUGAGCCGUCCUUAUGGCGGUAGCGUCGAGCACAUGGAGCCGCUGGCGUACUUGAAGGUCAAGGGUGAUUGGUCCAAGUACAUUCCCGUGGAUCUUAUUUAG